AUGGCAGUUCCAAGUACAAGCUGCCAGAGGCUUGUACGCUUGCUGGGCCACUCAAUCCAGCCCAUCUUCGUCUUUGACGGACCAAACAAGCCCGCCUUCAAACGCAACAAGCGGUCCGGCAGGGGAGAUGGAGUUGCGACAGCGAUGGCCAAAAGGCUCAUUCGUCUCUUUGGUUUCCAAAUUCACGAUGCUCCCGGCGAAGCAGAAGCUGAGUGUGCUCUGCUACAGCAGCAAGGCAUUGUAGACGCCGUUCUCAGUGAGGACGUUGACACGAUCAUGUUUGGCUGCACAAGGACGUUGAGGAAUUGGUCCGCCGAUGGGGUCAAGGGUAGCAAGACGCCCACCCACGUCUCCAUGUACGAUACCGACCAACUCCAGCGGGGGAAUUCAGGUCUGGACCGGGAAGGGAUGGUCCUUGUCGCUCUAAUGAGCGGAGGGGAUUAUCUGCCGGAGGGUGUUCCCGGCUGUGGCGUGAAGCUCGCCUGUGAGGCUGCUCGUGCUGGCUUUGGGAAGUCGCUCUGUCGGAUCAAAAGGGCGGAUUCUGAUGAGCUGAGACAAUGGCGCGAGAAUCUGCGUCAUGAACUCGCCACAAACGAGAACAACUUCUUCCGAACGAAGCACAAGGCUUUGACGAUCCCCGAAGAUUUCCCAAGUCUAGAGAUCCUUCGGUACUACACGCAUCCGGUAGUAUCACAGUCCGCUACUGUCGAAAGACUGAGGACCGGCUUUCCUGCUGUCAAGCCGGUAGACGUCCAGGAGCUGAGAGAGUUUGUCCGAGAGACAUUCGACUGGACGUACCGGAUAGGAGCUGUCAAGUACAUUCGAGUUUUGGCUCCAAGCAUGCUGGUCCAGAGACUCCUGUCAAUGGACAUAGCCAAUACGGACGACCUGGAGUCGACCCAGACGAGAGAGGCAGUCGUCGUCAACAACAUUACGAACAAAAGGAGCCACUUCUCAACAGAUGCUACACCGGAACUGCGAGUCUCAUACACCCCCGCUGACAUGGUACCCAUCGACCUGGAUGCUGAGCCGGAAGAGCCGGUUGCAUCCUACGGUCGUGAUGGAAUCGCCCUGAACAGUGACGACGAGUUUGACGAACCGGUCCCAGAGGUAGCUGAAGAUGCAGGCAAGGGGGCACCAAAAAAGGCAUUCGAUCCUCUGCGGCAAGAUACGAUCUGGGUCCCCGAGUCUAUCGUCAAGCUUGGUGCGCCCUUGACUGUUGAAGACUGGGAGGAGAAGCAAAGAUCGAAAGGCAAAGCCAAACUUGCCCGCCCCGCCAAAACACGCGUUCCAAAGAAGGCAGAUAUGCCCAUGGGGGCGCUUGACAGAUUCGUAAAGGUGACAAAGUCUGCGAGCGUUACUACAGGCCUUGGGGGAGGCAGUCCAACAAAGAUUCGGCCUCCGCUCAGCAGCCUGGGCAUACCGCCUGCGCCAAGCGCUGCGCUCCAACAGACGCAGCGGAGGCCUGCUACCACCGCAGCGAAGCCAAGUACACUUUCCCGAAGUAAGCAAUCCAAGAAAAACAAGGGCGAUUCAGCCGCGUCCAAGCAGGCGAACCCGUGGACGCUCGCUGGCUCACAAAUCAGCCCUAGGGUCACCAAGUCCGUCGGGACCGCGCAGGCAAUUGUUAUCUCGUCUAGCCCUCCCUGCCCUUCGUCUCCGGCGCGUGAUCUUGCGGUGAAGAGGGUGCGCACGCCGCCCCCGGCGGCGAACGCGUUCGCGUCCGACCCGUUCGAUUCGCCUACCCGCAGCCCGCGGAAGAAGGGGUCACCCGUCGUCGCGAAGACGAAGGCGGCGAAACAGAAGAGCAGCAGCAACGGCGUGGACAAGAAUCAGAUGUCUAUCAAGAGCUUUGGGUCGCUGGUCGAGACGAAAGUUCGGCAGGCGGCGAAAACGGCAGCAGCAGCCAGAGACAAGGAACGAGAGUCGCCGUGCAUCGAGAUAUUGUCUGACGAUGACUACGACGACGGGGACGAGCCCUCGCUGCCGGACAUCCGUAUGCUGCCCAGCAAGCGCGAUCAUGAUCCGUUUGUAGCCGGCGCUGCUGCUAGUAAGAUAAGAACUGGAAGGCCGGAGGAGGAGGCACCUGGUCCAUCGAGAGCGACAGGGAACCCGAAGGCUAUAGAUAGCAGUACUGGAACGCAGUCUAUGCCAAGGACAGGCGAUAUCGCGUGCUCGAAAGCAGUCAAGGCUCAUGGGAGUGAGGAGGACUCGGGUCGGCCCGAUUCGAGAAACACGUCUCGGCGCACAAAGAGGACUGUUUGGAGGAGCAGCGAAGUAUCUAUUAUUGAUCUCACGAACCAUGAUUGA